AUCGCUUUGAGCGAUUGAAAAAAUUUUGGCGAAAAUAAAAUUUAACUAUUUACAGUGAAAUACGACAUUUUAAAGUUUAAAAACAAUUCAAAUCAGUAAAUAAAAGUUCAGUAAUCAUGGCUAGAUACAUACAACGUCCAGAAAAUGCCUUGAAAAGGGCUUUUGAGUUUAUCGAAGUCGGAAAGGAAGCUCGAGCACUCGAUACUUUACAAGAAGUUUUCCGGAACAAGAAGUUUAGUUAUACUUGGUCUGAAUCCGUUAUGGAACCAAUUAUGAUGAAGUAUUUGGAACUUUGUGUUGAGCUCAAGAAGAGUCAUAUUGCAAAAGAAGGCUUAUUCCAGUACCGUAACAUGUUUCAAUUGGUAAAUGUCGGUUCUUUGGAAAAAGUAAUUCGAUAUUACUUAACAUUGGCAGAGGAACGAUGUGAAACAGCUAGAAAGAAGUCAAGUCAAGCAGUUUUAGAUAUUGAUGAUUUGGAUAAUUUGGCAACUCCAGAAAGUAUUUUAUUGUCAGCCGUUUGUGGAGAAGAUGCUCAAGAUCGUUCAGAUCGAACAAUCCUUUUGCCUUGGGUUAAAUUCUUGUGGGAAAGUUAUUGUCAAUGUUUGGAACUUCUUCGUGUCAAUACCCACUGUGAAAUUCUUUAUCAUGAUAUUGCACGUAAAGCUUUCCAAUUCUGUUUGAAUUAUAAUCGUAAAAUGGAAUUCAGAAAGUUGAGUGAGAAGCUUCGUAAGCAUCUUGAUGAUAUUGGAAAACCAACAGCACCGAGUACACAAGUUAGCAUUCAAAAGCCAGAAACUCAACAAUUGAAUUUGGAUACUCGUCUAUAUCAACUCGAUAGUGCAAUUCAAAUGGAAUUGUGGCAAGAAGCCUAUAAAGCUAUUGAAGAUAUUCAUGGCUUAAUGACUUUAUCGAAAAAGACACCGCAACCCAAAACGAUGGCAAACUAUUAUCAGAAAUUAGCUAUGGUAUUUUGGAAGGCUGAAAAUCGUCUGUUUCAUGCUGCCGCAUUACUUCGUUUAUUCCAAUUAUCUCGUGAAUUGAAAAAGACUAUAACACCCGAAGAAUUGCAACGUAUGGCUUCACAUGUUCUUGUUGCUACAUUAGCUAUUCCACUUCCAUCAGCACAUCCUGAAUAUGAUCGAUUCAUUGAAACUGACAAGAGUCCUUUGGAAAAGGCACAACGUUUAGCUGUUUUGUUGGGAUUAACUCAACCGCCAUCUCGUGCAUCACUCUUAAAGGAUAUCCUCAGAACAAAUGUAUUCCAAUUGGCAUUACCAGAAUUCCAAAAUCUUUAUAGAUGGUUGGAAGUUGAAUAUAAUCCAUUGAAACUUUGUUCUAAUGUCUCAAAUGUCAUUGGCUUCAUUAAACAAGAACAAAGUGGAUUCUUCUUACAAUACACUGAUGCUCUUCAAGACGUAACAUUAGUUCGUUUAGUUCGUCAAGUUUCGCAAGUAUAUCAAACAAUUGAAUUUAUUCGUUUCCUCGAAUUGGCUAAGUUUGCUGACAAGUUUAGGCUCGAACGAAUUUUAGUCGAUUGUGUCAGACAUAAUGACAUGCAAAUAACAAUUGAUCAUAAACAAAGUAUGGUUCUAUUCGGAACUGACUUGAGCGAGAGUCAACGCGAAGAUCAUGCUGAUGGUCCAACACUUCAAUCAAUGCCGUCCGAACAAGUUCGUCAACAAUUGGUUAGCAUGUCGGUAGUCCUUCAUCGUGCUAUUGCAGCAAUUAAUCCAAGUCUUAAUAAAGCUGAUCGUGAAGCACAAAAAGCUCAACUUGUUUCCUUUUAUCAUGAAAAUAAGGAACGUGAACAUCAAAAUAUUCUAAUUCGUCAGCAAAUCAUUGAAGAUCGUAAAGAAUUUAUUGAACGAAUGAAUACAGAGAAGGAAGAAGAAGAAUAUCGUCGUCAAGAAGAAAUCCAGAGACAGCAUAAAUUAGCUGAACAAAAACGUAUGGAGCAAGAAGCAGAAGAAAGAGAACGUAAACGUCAAGAAAAUGAAUUAAAACAAAUCAAGAGUCGUACAAUGAUGGAGAAAAUGCAACAAAUAUCUCAAACUACUCAUGGACAAAAACUUAUGAAGAUUAUUGAAGAAAAAGGCACAACCUGUGAUCCCGAUGAGAUUGCUAAGGAAGAACAAAAUGCACUCAUUCGUGAACGUAAGGAAUUACAAUCACGUCUCAAGUCACAAGAAAAGAAGAUUGAUUACUUUGAACGUGCUAAACGUGUUGAGGAAGUUCCAUUAAUUAAAGAUUACUUGAAAGAAAUGGCAGUAAAGGAGGAAGUUUUCUGGGAUAAUCAAGAAAAAACAAGAAUUGAAAAUGCAAUUGCUGAAAGAAAGAAUGCAUUACAGCAACAAGAACGAUUAAAGAGAAUGCAUUUUGAUCGUGAUGCAUACAUGGAUCAAUUAAAGGCAGAACGUAAGACAUUGCAUGUUGAAAAACUUGCUAAAUUCAAUGAAAUGCUAGAGGUUGAAAAGAAGAAGCGAUUAGCACAGCGUGUUGUUGAGAGACGUAAGGAACGACGUGACAAAUGGCUUGCUGAAAAGGAAGCUGAAAGACAACGCAAAUUGGAUGAAAUUCGUCGUGAAGAAGAAGAAAGAAUGAAGAUUGAACGUGAGAAACGCGACAAGGAACGUGCUGAACUUGAAGAGAAAUUAAAGAAACAAAGUGAAAUCCAAAAACAACGAGAUUUGGAAAUGGAAGAAAAGGCUAGAGCACGUAGAGAACAAGAUCGCGAUACACCACGCGACAGACCAGAAGCUUCAAAACCAACUGCAUGGCGCGGAACUGGCGAAUCUCGUGAAACCAGAGAUACAAGAGAUACACGCGAAACAAGGGAACCGCGAGAAGCUAGAGAAACUAGAGAUACACGGGACACACGUGAAGAUCAAGCACCAAAAGAUAAUAUUUGGCGUUCAAGAACAGUCAAUGAAGGUGAAUCUAAGGUUCAAGAUCCACCAAAUAGAUGGAAACGCGACGAACAAAAGCCAAGAGAUGAUACUAGAAGAACUGAUGAUACCAGAAGAACUGAAGAUAGACGAACUGAUGAUAGACGUGAAGAACGUAGAGGUGAUGAUAGACGUGAUGGUGGAAAUUGGCGAACAACUGGAGAAUCAGGCUGGCGAACAGGACGAGAUACACGCGAUAAUAAAGAAUCUUCAGGAGAUUCAGGUUGGCGUUCAACAGGACGUGAUUCACGAGAUAAUAAGGAAAAUUCAGGCGGUAGUACUUGGCGUACAGUUGGUGAAUCUAGAGAUCGUGACAACAAGGAUAGACCAGAAAGAAAUGAAGGAGUUCGUAGAGACAGAAAUGAAGGUUCAGAUUUUCGUCGUGGCGGAGAUAGAGAUAAUGAUAAUAGACGCACAGGAGAUAAUGAUAAUAGACGUACAGGAGGUGAUGAUAAUAGACGUACAGGAGGUGAUGAUCGUCGUGCAGGAGAUAGAGAUAACAGACGUGGAAAUGAUCGCGGUGGAUUUAAGAAAAAUGAUAGCAGACAGGACAAUAAGCCAAAAGAUGAUUCAACAUCUUGGAGAAGUGGAAAUUAAAUUCGCAAAUUUAAACUUUUUUGAUUUUUUUAAGGCAUAACAUUUUCGUCGUGGUUUUCUUCUUUCAAAGUUCCAAAAUUUUAGUUCACAUGAUGAUGAUGAUGAUGAAUAUUGAUGAUUUUAAGGUAAAAAAUAGUUAAUUAUAGUUCAACGUAAUUUUUUCUACAAAAUUUCAAAUAAUAAUAAAAACUGAAAGUGACAUUGACUGUUUUGUGUGGGUUGGAAGCAGCACUUAGGCAAUGAAAUGCAACCAAGAAAGCCUCUUCCGAAAAAAACAAUGCAAUUAAUGAAGAAAAUUAGCCAACAAUCAAUUUUAUAAUAAAUAAUCACAUGCCACUACAUUAUUGGAGCUGCCUUUCUGGCUCUUUAUUAAAAAUAACACAAUUAUGUAAUAAUGGAAAAAAAAGAAAAGAAAAGAAAUAGCAUUCGUACAUAUAUGGCGAAAAUUAAUAUUCGAUAAAAUAUAUAAUUCAAUUCGUAAACACUUUUAGUAGAUUUAUAUUAGGUAAUGCAAUUAUGUUACAGACUAUGAAUAAUUUUCAUUAAUUUUUUUUGUGGGUUCUGUUUCUGCCUGCUACCUACCUAUCUAUCUAUCGUUUUCUGUUGACAUAAAGAAUAAAUUAAAAUUAAACUAAAUUAAUAAUAUUGUUCUGGAUGUUUCUUAGCAUAAUUUCUAGCAUCCUUUUUGCAUUGUAUCUGAAAGAAUCGCUAAAAUACAGAAAUAAAUGAAACUCUUUG